AUGAGCGCACCAACAGGACUGAUUAGAUCUGGUCAUGCUGCUUCCAUCCUGCCAUCGGUUGUGUCUCCCGCCUCGGCACCUGCUCCCGCCCUGUGCCUCCUCUCCACGUUCCUGCUCGCUUCUCUACCUGCCUGCCCGCCUACCUGCUUCCCCGCUCGCUUGCUUCCCGUUUUCCCUUCCUGCUUGCCCGCUCGCUUGCCUGCCCGCUCGCCUGCCUGCUUGCCUGCCUGCUCGCUUGGCCGCUUGUCUGCCCGCUUAACUGCCUGCCUGGCUGCAUCCAGGCUGGUGACGGAUAGGGAGAGUGGCAAGCCCAAGGGGCUGGUGACAGAUAGGGAGAGCGGCAAGCCCAAGGGGUACGGGUUCUGCGAGUACAGGGACGAGGAGACAGCACAGAGUGCCCGGAGGAACCUCAACGGAUACGACAUCAACGGCCGGCAGCUCAGAGUUGACUUUGCUGAGAGCGACAAGAGCGGCCAGCAAACGGGAAAAGGAGGACCUACUACCGCACCAGGAUCUCAAGGAUACGGGUCCACUCAACAGCAACAACAACAACAGCAGCAGCAACAGGAACAGCAGCAUCCCGGCCGGUACCCCUACCAGCAUCAGCAGCAGCGCCGCUCCCCUCAACCAGACCCCUCAUUAUCCCAACAAUCGUAUCCGUCUCCCCCGUUAGAGUCACUCACUCAGCCCAUUGGGUUCCCCGCUGCGAUAGAAGCAGCUUUCUUUGUAGCACAAGCGCUGGGGGCACCGCCACCAGUGGUGGUGAGAAAGCCGGGGACAGGAGGCAUGGCGACGCCAGGAGGUGGGGAUGCUGAGUCAGCAGAUCCGUUGACCAAUCAGCUCGCAGGGAUGUCCAAGCAGCAACUCUAUGACCUGCUGGCGCAGAUGAAGGUGCUGAUUCAAACUAACCGAUCGCAAGCACGAGCCAUUCUGGUGGAAAACCCUCAGCUGGCCAAAGGCCUGUUUCAAGCGGCACCAGAGCCCGCACCGCAGCCACCGUCAGCCCCUCCAUCUCAACAGGCGGCACCAGAGCCCGCACCGCAGCCACCGCCAGCCCCUCCAUCUCAACAGGUACGUUGUCUCGCCUCACCAUCCCUUCCUCCCAAACCCCCUCCCUUCCUACCAGUCCUCAGCCUUCCUUCUCCCUUUCACAUCCCUUUUCUGUGA